AUGCGCGCGGAGUCCUUGUCAGAUGAGACUCAGGAUGGCCGCAGCUUUGAUGUCGGUGUGGCGCAACGGAUCACGUUAAUGAUAAUGGACACCGGACGCAAGUUGGAGGAGUUGGCGCAGGAGUUGGACAACGCCUGGAAGCGCACCAGGACGCGCUCCACUUCGCAGACCAGUCAGAGCAGCUUUCGGCCGCCUGCCCGAUCCGGCACCUCGCGCGGUAGCUCCGCGCAGAAGCCGAGUGCGGCACCACGGGUGGGUGCGGCCGUGUUGGAGGCCAAGGCGGAGGAGCUGCGAAGAGAGCGGCUGAAAGAGCUGCGGAGGAGGGAGGAGGCACAGGCGGCAAGCAAGGCUGAAGAAGCGCAACGGGCGGCCAAGACUACGCAAAGGGACUCUCGGGGGCAGCCACAGCGCACGCCGUCCUUCGGGGAGGUGCCAAAGUUUGGCAAGGAAGGGCGCGCUCACCCCAAGAGCCUUCCGGACGCGCCACAAUCACCGUUGGUGCGGGAGGUCCAGGCUGAUCACGACCUUCGCAAGCAGGCUCUCAAACAGCCCUUGCCCCACUCAGCGGAGACGUUCUUGCUUCCGCAGCGCGUGCACUUCGAGGCCAAGACAGUGCCCAAGGAGCUCCGGGCGGAACCCAAGGAGCGCUGGGCGCGGAAGCGUGAGCUGAACCUCAUCGAAGAUCUUGACAAGGCCUUGCAGGCCUUAGAGAACUUUGCCAGCGCUGAAACCAAAAGCCGCGGGGCGGCGCAGCUGAAGCUGGCGCGCCUGGCGGUGGCGGAGCAGAAGCGGAAGCUGGCAGCCAGGCAGUUCCCAGAGGGUGCAGCGCCCGGGUCAGAGAGGAGCAAGGUGCAGCAAAGCGCCCGGGAGAUGAGGCUCCAGAGCGCGGAGAUGAGUCAGAAGAUUGGGGCAGAGAUGGAGGAACUGGAGAUCGCCCUGGCGGCCUUGGAGGUGUUGGAGUCGCAGCCAGCGGAAUCUCAAGCGGAAGAAACUGUAAGGAGCGCCCAGCUGGCGCUCUUACAGCAAAAGUUUAGGCUCGCUGCGUCGGAUCCAAGGGUCACAUCCAGGGAAAUGGGCGAAAUACUGCAACAACUGUCUGACCUGGAAGAACAAAUGACGCCUGCGAGCCCGAGUGAAAGGAGAAAAGUCGAGGCAGGCCGGAUGGCUUUGCUGAAGCAGAAGGCAAAGACCACUACGUCACACGUGGCUUUGCUGAAGCAGAAGACCAAAGCGCCUGCCGCCAGCAAAAGCGAAAGCACCCAGGAAUUGGACGCUGCCUUGGAAGCCGCCAAGAUGGCUUUGCUGAAGCAGAAGGCCAAGGCCCCUGCUGCAAGCACAAGCGAAAGCACCCAGGAAUUGGAUGCUGCCUUGGAAGCUUUGGAGGCGUUGGAGCAGGAGCCGCCCGGCAGCACUGACAGCACUGGCGGCAAGUCCAUGCGGCUGCAGGCCGCCAAGAUGGCUUUGCUGAAGCAGAAGGCCAAGGCCCCUGCUGCAAGCACAAGCGAAAGCACCCAGGAAUUGGACGCUGCCUUGGAAGCUUUGGAGGCGUUGGAGCAGGAGCCGCCCAGCAGCGCUGACAGCGCUGGCGGCAAGUCCAUGCGGCUGCAGGCCGCCAAGAUGGCUUUGCUGAAGCAGAAGGCCAAGGCCCCUGCUGCAAGCACAAGCGAAAGCACCCAGGAUUUGGAUGCUGCCUUGGAAGCUUUGGAGGCGUUGGACAGGAGCCGCCCAGCAGCGCUGAAAGCACUGGCGGCAAGUCCAUGCGGCUGCAGGCCGCCAAGAUGGCUUUGCUGA